AUGAAGACGAAACCAAAAAUCGCCACCCAACCAACGUCAGCAAAGAAACUGAAAUCAUAGCUUCCCUCAGAUUCUUUAAAGGGCAGUCAAAUUAAUGAACUUAUUCACGAUGACUAGACAUCUUGGGAGAGCAGAUUCUAAUCCACAACUAUAGAAUACUCUUUUACUAAAUUUAUGAAUCCACAUAAAUUAACAAAAUAUCCUAUGCAAGAAGACAAACCAAAAAGAGAAAUCCCUGAUACAAGCAGAGAGGAGGGUGCAAAGUUAAAGAAAUCUUAUACUAAUUCUACUCUUAUUUCUAGUCCUAGAAUGAUGUCUCCAAAAGAAUAAGUGGAAGCCAUUCAUUAUCUUGAAUUUAAAAAAAAGACUUUAAUUGAAGAAAACAAGAGGAAGGCAAAUCUUAUAGCCAAACUCUUGCAUAAUAAGUCACCCUCAAAAUCAAAUAAUACUCCAUAGCAACCUCCUAAAUCUGCUGAACUGUAUUCUCCUACUACUCGAUUCCCAUUAAUAACCACUCCUCAAACAAAUGAAUUUCAAGUUCCUUUGCAUUCAAAAUUAAAUUAACCUAAGGUGACAAGAAUUGACCAAAAUUGGAGCUUUGGAAAAUUGUCAGAGGAAGAUCGAGAUACCAAAAUUAAAUCUUAAUUUUCUAGAAUAACAAAUGCUACUCAUUAGAAAUCAUCCAUUAAAACUAAUUUUUAGAAGCCUCUCCUUAAAUUACCCAAAGAGUUUCAUCCUCAAUCAUGGAAUUCAAUUAAAAAAUGA